CCGCCUCCUCCUCUCGUCCUCACCCUCGGCCUCUUCUUUCCUCAUCCACUCAUCCACCUCCCUCGCCGGUCGCCGCCACCUCCAGCCUCCUCUCCUCUAGCCCGUCGGUCUCGGUCUGGCCUUCGCGGCUCCGCCGCCCGCCACAUCUUCCACAACUAAAAAACUAUCUGAUCGCGAACCCUAGAAAAGAAGAAUAUUUAUUUUGUGCCUUGAUCGGCUUGUGUUCUAGGCUAGAGCGUGUAAUCAUGGCGGCGGCCGUCGCCGACGACGAAAUUGGCCGCGUGAUGUCUUUAUUCUUCACUGACGGCGUGCUGCGGUUGGACGGCGGCGUUUCCGAUCAGGCCGAGCGGGAGGAGGACGACGACGAAAGUGGGUGCCUGGAGCCCUUCUUCUACGACGAGGCUCAGGCCGUGGCCGAGGCGGCUGUGGCGGCAGAGAAGCGGCGGCUGCGGGAAGAGGAGCGCGCGCGGGUGCAGGAGCAGCGCGCCAAGGAGGAGAAGGCGAGGAAGGCCCUGUUCAAGAGGAUCAGUAAGUACGAUCCCAAAAGGGGAAUUUUCUAUUUCACCCGAUACUCCUUCGGCAACCCGCUCACCUUCGACCUCAACGAAGAAUCUCCUCUUGGUCCAAUGCGAUACACUGACAAAAUCUUCCAUGAACAUGAGGAAAUACCAUUCUGGGAGUGCAGCUCAGCAAACAUUCUUUCAGUGAAGAUAGUAAGCUCAGAUGUAGGCUUCCCAAUUAAUGUUUAUGGCUCUGUAAUUGCUAGAGACAGCCUUGAUAAGAAGUGUAUUUAUCUCUUCCGCCGCCAUAGAAAUGAUUGCCAACUCAUCAACUCGAAGGAUGAUCCAUUGAUCUUGACUGGGCCAAAUCGAGGACUUGUGUUAAUAGAUGAUAUAGAUUUUGAGGUUGAUCUCAGAAUUAAAGAUGACCGAUUAAGACAGAAGAAAAAGGAACUUAACAGAGGAACGCUUAGGAUUGAUGGCAUCUUAAGUACAUGUGGGAUCAAAAUGGAGGUUGAAAACGACACUCUUGAGGGUAAGCUCAGCACUGUGGAGAUGAAAUAUGCAGUUGUUAAACAAGAGGCAGUGGAGGCUACUGUUGAAAUCAAGGUUCUCGAGGGAUGUUUCCAUGGAGAGGUCUCAGCCUGCACCACCAACAUCCAAGAUAGAUUUCUGCUUCUUGAUGGCAGGACUUGCGGUGCGAGGGCCGCCAAUCACGACAUCCAAUUAUCGCGACGCGUCAUAGCCGUCCACUACAAGGAGAAACUUCUAUUGACCAUUGUUAAUCAGGAUGAUGUAGUUCCAUCUGGCUGUGUUACGCAAACCGUUGGCUUUACUCCAAAUAUCAAUGGUUCAGAAGAGUCUGAAGUUACAUGUGGUAGUGUUAGGAUGCUUGUCAAGGUUACUUGGUCUCUUAUGCUUGUCCGGUAAAUCAAUUCAAUGUUCUAAUUGUUAUUAA